AUGUCCCCCGCGGCUUUUCUUCGCAAUGUCUUGCGCCUCCUCGUCCCCUUUGCUUUGAUCAUCACGACCUACCUGUACCUUUACCCUGUCUUCCUGGGCUGCGCGUUCCCGCUCCCCGACUCGCAACCAGCAACAGCCGCCUUCCAGUCGACCGUUCAGCAACACAUUGGGAAUGUUGAUCUGAGCAUUGCGCCCUUUCGUCUCCUCGCGCUGGGUGAUCCCCAGCUCGAGGGUGACACCUCACUACCGGACACGUACCGCACCCCCUUCAACCACCUAAAGAGUUUUGCGUUGAACAUUGCUUUCCAAACGUCGCACAGUUCCCUUCGGGAACGCAUACGGCAAUCACUGCACGACUUGGUAGAUCUAUACCUCGAGGAUAUACCAGACGCUCUCGAGUCAAUACGGAAACGCAUCGAUCUGUUUGGCAACGACUUUUAUCUUGCCCACAUCUACCGAACGCUCAAGUGGUGGACCAAGCCUUCACACGUCACGGUACUUGGAGAUCUCUUGGGUAGCCAGUGGAUCGGCGACGAAGAAUUCGAGAGGCGAAGCUGGAGAUACUGGAACAGAGCAUUUGCCGGGGGUGAACGAGUGCCUGACGAGGUCGCUGUGCACCCUGCCGAGGAAUACCAGCUGACUGGCUAUCUUGGUAAUGAAGGAAGCAAUGGCACAGUAUGGCGCAACCGGAUCAUCAACAUUGCCGGAAACCAUGACGUAGGGUACGCAGGUGAUCUGACGAUUGAACGACUCGAACGAUUCGAGCAGGCUUUUGGCAAGGCUGCCUACGAGUUGCGCUUCGAGUUGCCCAUUACCAACGCGACCCUGAACGCGACGAUCAUGGAUACGGAAAAGAACCCCGAUUCGAACCGAUUAGCGCCCGAGAUCAGAAUCGUCGUUAUCAACAAUAUGAAUCUGGAUACGCCAGCGAUCACUCCAGAGCUCCAGGAUCAUACCUACACCUUUGUCAACGAUGUCAUCAACACUGCCGCCGCCGUCGAGUAUCAAGGCCACUUCACUUUGGUCCUGACGCAUAUUCCCAUGUACAAACCCGAAGGCGUCUGCGUUGAUGCGCCAUUCUUUGAUUUCCACUCUUCCGAGGAGGGAGGCGGUGUCAAGGAGCAAUAUCAACUAUCUGCAGAUGCUUCCAAAGGCUUUCUCGAGGGUAUCUACGGCAUUCAUAAGGACAUUAACGCGCCAGGUAGCGGCAAGGGCCGGCAUGGGUUGGUCAUCAAUGGCCACGACCACGAAGGUUGUGAUAUCUUCCACUUCAUCAACCAGACAACAGGGGAUAGCUUGGAUGAUCGCAAUUGGGAGGUUGUACGGUGGCAUGAGGCUCAACAGAAGGCUAUUCCCGGAAAGCCUGGACACCCUGGCCUACGAGAAGUCACUGUACGCAGCAUGAUGGGCGGGUUUGGCGGUAAUGCCGGCCUGCUCAGCGCCUGGUUCGACGAGGACGCCUGGGAAUGGAAGUAUGAAUUCGUCAACUGUGCGCUUGGGAAGCAGUACCUGUGGUGGUUCGUACAUAUCUUUGACCUCAUACUUGUCGUCGUAGUCUUGGUAUAUCCCAUUUUCACUGCUCUGGUUGCUGCUGGGGUCGUGGACGAUGUAUGGCCAGAUUUUAUUGCGUCACGCAUCAGACAGUCGGAGAAGCCUCAGAAACCUGAUGUCGCCAAGAAUGUACAAGUUGGAAAUGGGCAAACAAAAACGGCAUCAUAG